AUGGUCAAACUUGGGGACAGAGUCAGUGUUGGUGGCUAUGGUGCCGUUGUCAAAUACAUUGGCGAAGUUUCGGGCCAUCCAGGAGUAUGGGUAGGAGUGGAAUGGGACAAUCCAGAACGUGGGAAACACAAUGGUGUCGUGAAGGGCGUUCGGUACUUCGAAACUAGCUCUGCGAAGGGCGGCUCUCUCGUCAAUAUUCACAAUGUCAAUCCUGGUGUGGAUUUGUUAACGGCGAUUUCCAAUCGCUAUGCUGAUGCCGUCGACGAAAACGUUUUUGUGGUUAGUAGCAAAGCUGUCGAGUUGGUUGGCAUGCAAUCGACGUCGAAGAAACAGAGUGAUAUUUUCGAGUUGAAGCACAUCGUGUUGGAAAGCUGUUCUGUCGUUGAGCCACCUCCAGAGAGUUGCGCACCGUUCAAGAAAUGUAUCACCCUGAACCUGUUCAAUAAUUUGCUUUCACAAUGGAAGGACAUUCGGAGGAUAUUGAAAUAUUUCCCGAAGCUUCGAGAACUUGUGCUCAGGUGCUUUCGAUAUUAG